UGGAGAAGCGCAUGCGCUGCCCAGCACUGCUUCCAGAAAUCUGAUGGUCAGGACUUGAGAACCCGGCCGGCUCCCAAGUAACUUUUACAAGAGUAAACUAACAGCCCGAUGGCUACUUCUUAAACGCCGGGCGUCACGGUCAGUGUGCAUCGCGUCCUCUCCUCUCCUGGUGCUGUCAGCACUAAGCAUGCGGCGACAUUAAAAGGGCAAUGUCUUCCCAGCGAGGGCCAGCGCCGGGCUUCGGAAACCGCAGGGGCUUUCUUCCUGGGCUUCUCGGCGUCCGAGGAUGAGCUACGGGGUCUCGGCCAACUCGCAGCUGCUGUUCCGCGCCUGCGAUGAGGGCGACUACGGGAGCGCCCGGCGCGUCCUGGAGCCCGGGGCGGGCUCGGAGGGCGGCGCGGACACCGCCCCGGGGGAGCUGGCGCUCGUCCCCGUGGACUGCGCGGACGAGCAGGGCAACACGGCGCUCCAGUUCGCCGCCGCCAGCGGACACGAGCACCUGGUCCGGUUCUUGCUGCGGAAGGGGGCCUCGGUGGACAGCCGGAACCACUACGGCUGGACUCCGCUGAUGCAGGCUGCGAGGUUUGGGCACCUGAGCGUCGCCCACAUCCUGCUGGAAAACGGAGCGGAGAUCAACGGCAGGAACAGGAUGGGGGCCAGCGUGCUGACGAUGGCCGCGAGGGGGGGGCACGCCAGCGUGGUGGGGCUCCUGGUGGAGGGCGGCGCCUUCGUGGACGACUACGACCCCCUGGAGGUGCCCGGGGCGAACGGCAACAACAACAACAACAGCAACAACGGCGGGGGCGGGGCGGGCGAGCCGCCGGAGGCCGAGGCGGCGGCUGCACAGGGUGGGCCGGUCAGGGGCAGGGCGGGAGCCAUGGACUCGGACCAGCAGCCAGACAGGGCCGAGAAGCCCGGCGCGCCCGGGGCCGCCUUCAGGAUGCCGUUCGCUGAAUACAAGAAGACUUCUAACCUGCUUGUUCUGCACAUGCAGAAAAUGGAGGAAAUGGGCCUCCGGGCCACGGGCUGGCGCCCCCUGAUGGCGGCGGUGCUGAGCGGCAAGGUGGGCGUGGCCCGGCAGCUGGUGGAGCGCGGCGCGGACCCCGACCACGUCAACGCGCUGGCCAGGACGGCCUUCGAGCUGGCGCUGCAGCUCAAGCAGAAGGGCCUGCAGUGCUACCUGGACGCCAUCACCACCGUGCGGCCCCAGCCAGAUGAUGAGAAAAGAAGACCGGAUGUCUUCAGUGCACUGAAGUUAGGAAAUCCCCAGCUGGUGAGGGAGAUCCUGGACGAAGACCCCAGUCAGGUGCACAUGUCCAACGCGGACGGCGCCUCGGCCCUGAUGAUCGCCGCGGUCAGCGGACAGCUGGACGUGGUCCAGCUGCUCGUGGAGAGAAGCGCCGGCAUCGACAAGCAGGACAGCGUCCAUGGGUGGACCGCCCUGAUGCAGGCUACUUACCACGGAAAUAAAGAUGUUGUGAAGUAUCUGUUAAACCAAGGAGCCGAUGUCAAUCUGCGUGCCAAAAAUGGAUAUACAGCCUUUGAUCUCGUUAUGCUGCUAAAUGAUCCAGACACGGAGCUCGUGCGACUGCUGGCCUCUGUUUGCAUGCAGGUUGACAAAGACAAGAACAAACAGAGGAACAGAGCCACCCUGAAGCGCUCGAAGAGCAGGCAGUCCCUGAAUGUCCCCGUCCCACCUGAUGAUAAAGGGGGCUUGAAGUCCUGGUGGAGCAGGAUGUCCAACAGGUUCCGCAAGCUGAAGCUGACGCACACGCUGCGGCACGGCUUCUCCACGGGCCGCCUGGCCCCCCUGCCAGACGGCGUGGACGUGGCGCUGGACUGCACCAUGAAGGCCGGCCCCAGGAGCGGCGAGGCCAGCGGCGCCGCGGGCGCGGGGACCCCCGAGACGAGCACGGCCUGGGCGGCGAAAGGCAAGGACAGCGGACUUAGCAGUGCUGGUACAGAGAAAGACGACACUCUGAUCACGACCAUGCUGAGGAACGGCGCCCCCUCCACCCACCUGCCCAGCGACAAGCUGAAGGCCGUCAUCCCCCCGUUCCUGCCCCCCUCGAACUUCGAGCUGCGCAGCGCGGACCGCUCUCGGGCCGGCCGGGAGGGCAAGGCGGAGCAGGCCCGGCAGCCCAUGCCCCCGCGCCCCGCCAAGGCCUCCUUCAACAGCAGCGGCAACUCCGACAUCACGUCCGUCAGUCGUGUCGCCGCCCGGUCCGUCAAGUUUCCCAGCAUUACCAAGAGCCCCACGUCCCCCUCCAACUCGGGCUCCUUCAGCUAUUCCCCCCACUCCUCCGGGGGCGCCGGCGGGGUGGUGGGGUCCAACAGGCACGGGGUAGACCCUCACAAUCGCUCAGGUGGCAGUUCCGACAGCGUUCUCUCCCAGAUCGCGGCGCAGAGGAAGAAGGUUGCUGGCUUGCUGGAGCAGAAGCCCCAGCCGUCGGACAGCCAGGCCCCAGCAGUGCCGGACAUCACCCUCCCCGACAUCCACAGCACUUCCUGUCUAGUGGUCAGCGGCGCUCAAGGCAAGAAGAAAGCGGAGGCAAAGAAGAGGCCCCCGUCGGGGAAUUCGUCCACCUCCAAGAGCACCUCCCCGACGCUGACGCCCUCGCCCUCGCCCACGCUGAAAGGCCCGCAGGCCGACGCCCUCUCCUCCCUCUCCUCGCACCCGCGCUCGCAGAGCAGCGGAGGCUCCAGCAGCGGCACGGUCACGGACGAGGACGAGCUCUCUGGCAUCCUGAAGAAACUGUCCCUUGAGAAGUACCAGCCCAUAUUUGAGGAACAGGAGGUGGACAUGGAAGCCUUUCUCACCCUGACCGACGGAGACCUCAAGGAGCUGGGCAUUAAGACAGAUGGGCCCAGGCAGCAAAUCCUGGCUGCCAUUUCCGAGCUGAACGCCGGAAAGGGCCGGGAGCGACAGCUCCUCCAGGAAACGAUUCACAACUUCCAGUCGUCGUUUGGCAGCAGUGCCAGUAACCCUCGGCCCCCUGGGUAUCCACGCUCUCCAGGUGCGACUUCCCUGGAAGGAGAGCGUGGAGAAGGUGCUGUAGGACAGGAUGGGGUUUUCUCUCUUCAUCGAGGUUCUGAAAACAAUCGCGGUGAGCGGCACAGGAAAGACUCUGACAUGUUUCCGACCUGGCUUGGCCCACUACUGCUGGGAAGCAGUUCUUACGUAAUGGGGGAAAUGGAAGAGGAGACGACAUGAAGGAUGUUUGUGAAAUGUUGCAGAUGUGGGGCAGAGGUUGUGUGCUUUUGUCGGCAUGUCUUCACCGGCCUCUCAUCUGUACAGCACCACCAGCCCCGGUGCCAGCCCUGCGUCUGUCAGACCGCUGGCACAAGUCUCCUGAUCCACAUGGGUCCUGCUCAGCCCUGCCAGCAGAGAGGAUCACUCUGAGGACUGUAGAGAAAGUGUCCCGUGUUCAUAUGGGAAAUGUGUGCAUUUACACUCCAGUAUUCUGUUAUUUGAAGAAACCAGAUGUGUAAAAGAGGUGUUUCUUUUGUGAUAAUGUACUGUACAUUAUAAAUUAUUCCUGCAAAUUUAUUAAAGAAUGAGAUGUAAA